GGGCGGGGCGCAGGCAAGGAAAGAGCCGGUGACAGUGAAUGGGGAGCCGAGCGCGCGCACUCCUGCGCGUACCCCUGGCCGGCUCGCUCCGAGAUCCCCGGCCACGUAAGUGACGAUUAAUACCGCGGGGUCGGGGAUGCGGGCGUGCAGAGCGCCGGGCUGGGCCUCGGGCACCGUCGGCCACCCGCUGUGAUUUUUAAACACAGCCCUCGCCUACUGCCGGGUGGCAAAGAAGAAAGAAAAAAAAAAAAAAAACAGAAAGAAAGAAAGAAAGAAAGAAAGAAAGAAAGAAAGAAAGAAAGGAAAAAGAAGGAAAAGAAAAGACAUCAAGCCAUCAAUUUUCUCCAAAGAGAGACACACACAUCAAAAAAAAAAAAAAAAAAAAAAAAAAAAAAAAAAAAAAAAGAAUAAAAAAAGCGAACUCCACCGCCGGGCAGUGUGGGUUCGGGGUACAAAGGGGAAGACGGAGUGUUUGCAAAUUAUUCCAGACGAGACCCCGAUUCUCCAGCGGACGGAGCCGCGCGAGUCGGGGCAGCAUCCUCUCUUUGCUCCCCAGGACCCCGAGCUCGGGCCGGGACGAUCGGGAGCCUCAGUUCCCGGCUCUGCGCUCCUGGAGGACGCGGCCGCUGCGCGCUCGCCUGCGCUUUGUGGUCGUCCCCACUGCACCCGGCGCGCCGCUCCGCGCCCGGCCAGCUACAAUCUUUUGUUGGCAGCUCUGACUGCUCCAAGUUAAAUGCUCUUUCGCUAUUUUUCUUUUUGUGUGUGUUUGUUUCAUGUUUUUUUUUUUUUUUUUUCUUCUUCUUUCUUUUCUUUCCUUUUUUUUUUUUUUUUUUUUUUUUUGGAGCGCUCUUGCGAUCUUGGAAAAGCCUCAGACGCCAUCUACAGUUGAAUAGUAGACUGAGCCACUGCCGUGUGCGCCUGGAAAAUUGCACAAAACUACUAAGGAUUCUCUGCGCACCGGAAAGCCGCUCAAAGAUCGCUUUGGGGAAUUGGGCCCGGCAGCUCCGCAUUUUAUUUCCCAUCUAAAUCCACGUUGGAAAAAAGAGGGAGAGAGAAACGAAGAGCGUGGCGAUUCUGCACAUUUUGGAUAACAAAAGGACCCGAGUAGGCUGCGCACCGAGCACUCCUGGGAGCCGGGGCGCGCAGCAGACGGGGUGCCAGCGGCGCCCACCGGGGGCUUCAGACUCUCUCCCCGCGUCGUCCCUCGCCUGCGCCCUUCCCUCGCUUCUGCUAACACCGCAUCCAGGAGGCUCCUGCAGCCUGCAGCGCUCGCCCGCGACUCCUCUCUCCAGCCGGGUGUGUGUGUGUGUGUGCGCGCGCGCGUGUGUGUGUGUUGGUCGUGUGCGAUCCCCACACCCAUGAACAUACACAGGUCCACCCCCAUCACAAUAGCGAGAUAUGGGCGAUCGCGAAACAAAACCCAGGAUUUCGAAGAGUUGUCGUCUAUAAGGUCCGCCGAACCCAGCCCGAGUUUCAGCCCGAACCUUGGCUCUCCGAGCCCGCCUGAGACUCCGAACUUGUCGCAUUGCGUGUCUUCCAUCGGGAAGUACUUAUUGUUGGAACCUCUGGAGGGGGACCACGUUUUCCGUGCGGUGCAUUUACACAGUGGAGAGGAGCUGGUGUGCAAGGUGUUUGAGAUCAGCUGCUACCAGGAGUCCCUGGCCCCAUGCUUCUGCCUGUCCGCGCACAGCAACAUCAACCAGAUCACCGAGAUCCUCCUGGGAGAGACCAAAGCCUACGUGUUCUUUGAGCGGAGCUAUGGGGACAUGCACUCUUUCGUGCGCACCUGCAAGAAGCUGAGGGAGGAGGAGGCCGCCAGGCUGUUCUACCAGAUCGCCUCGGCAGUGGCGCACUGCCACGAUGGCGGGCUGGUGCUGCGUGACCUCAAGCUGAGGAAGUUCAUCUUCAAGGACGAAGAGAGGACCCGGGUCAAGCUGGAGAGCUUGGAAGAUGCCUACAUCCUCCGGGGAGACGAUGAUUCCCUGUCUGACAAGCACGGCUGCCCCGCCUACGUCAGCCCGGAGAUCCUGAACACCAGCGGCAGCUACUCGGGCAAGGCUGCGGACGUAUGGAGCCUGGGCGUGAUGCUGUACACCAUGUUAGUGGGCCGCUACCCUUUCCAUGACAUUGAGCCCAGUUCCCUCUUCAGCAAGAUCCGGCGAGGCCAGUUCAACAUUCCAGAGACCCUGUCACCCAAGGCCAAGUGCCUGAUCCGGAGCAUCCUGCGGCGGGAGCCCUCCGAGCGGCUGACCUCGCAGGAAAUUCUGGACCAUCCUUGGUUUGCUACAGAUUUUAGCGUCUCGAAUUCAGGGUAUGGUGCUAAGGAAGUGUCGGACCAGCUGGUGCCGGACGUCAACAUGGAGGAGAACUUGGACCCUUUCUUUAACUGAGCUCGGUCCCAGGCAGAGACUUAGCAGGUACCAGGAGCAAGAGAGGGCCCCAGAAAGGACACCUUUUCCGGAGGGACACACACGGCCUGGCUGGCCAGCCAGAGAGACACGCGUAUUUGCGAGUUUUGCGGUUCAAAGCAGGCAGACCUUCAAAGAGCUGAUUAAACACUUAGUGUGGGGGGUUGGGCAAGAGACAUGGGGUCAGGGUUGGGGUCAGACGGAUGGAUGGGUUCCCCUAGAGCUUCUCUUCCUUGAUGUACCCUGGGAGACCCCUCUUUGCCAGUUGGACCACUUCCACUUACCCCCACUUUUCCUUCCGUUCCAAACUAGUUUCCGAUCUUGAUAGAAUCAAAACUCUCUGCCUCAAAACACACCUCUUGGCAUUGCACUGUUAGCAUUUGACUUCUUGUUAUGAUUCAGGGAAGGAACAAUUGGCUGAGGAUUUUUUUUUUUUUUAAACAAGCCAACCACCUAUGUGAUAAUUAGUGGGAUUUGCUUAAAAAAUAAUUCGGUGCACACAGACAGACCUGGAACCUGGGUGCUAAACUAAAUAAAAGGAAAAAUAACCACGACAAAAAACCCAGUCGGUGUCUCUUGAUGGCUCUCUUCAGCUCAUCUUCUGAAUAAACUAUUUAGUAUCCUGGUUAGGAAAUGACCAUUGAUGCAUUGCUUUCUGAAGGGGGAAAUCUGUUCUGUGUCAGGCUCUUCUGUGUCGUGUCAGCUGGCCGGUGGCAGGAAGCUAUUAGAAGUCAAACUUCCAAAGCAUUCCUCUUAUCAUGGUCCGAAGGGGAGAAAGAAGGGAGGAGGAUGACAGGAAAAGAGUAAUCCCACACCUUUUUGACUUGCUUUCCCCCUCCCCAAGAGCAGUGAGCAUUUGCAUGGUGGGUGUGCUUUAACGGCCAGCCCGAGAGUCCUGGAAGCUCCUGGAGUCUGACGUUUUUGCAGACAUUCUGAUUGCAGCUCCGUAUUUUGUCUUUGUUGGAUGGAUAACUAGUGAAACAAAGCAGGUUGUCCCCCAUGUAUAAAAUACAGGGCAGCUAUUUAGUUUUCUUUACCAAGAAUGAUCCUUUUGGCUUCGAAGGCCCUCUGGUUUGGACAGAAAAAGUGGGAAGUAUAAUAAGCUGAAAGCUAGGAUGAUAUAAAUAAAAACAGCUCUCUAUCCCAAUACGCACCUUUGUAUUCUCGAGAACUCUUCUAUUUAUUAAGGAAAAUGUCACAUUGUGAUGUAUUAAGCCAGUACUUCAAUUACGGGUCGACUUGGGAUGACAUGUUACAUGCUGUAGUUAACAUUUAUAAUUUUUUUCUUGUUUGAGUAUUUCUGUCCCUGAAAUAACCUUUGAUUUGGCUUUUCUAGAUAGCUUUACUUGAUUUCGAGUGGCAAAGAUGUUUUUUUCUUUUUAUUCCGCUUUUUUCUAUUGCUGUAUGAUACAGAACUCUUUUGGCAUAAAUAUUUGUGUUUCUAGUACCUCAGUUGUUUGGAUUUUACUGCCUGUAUAUGUUUUGUGAAAUGGUCCUGUUUUUUGGGUAGGCAACACGUGGACUCUAGUAUGUAAAUGUUACUUGAAUCUGUGCUUUAUCCUAGUACGUGGCAUGUGUGUGUGUGACCUCUGAUGCCCUGUGCCAGUGCAGCCAGAGCCCCUGUCCCCCGAGGGCAGCUUCCUGCUCAUCAUCAGGAGAUGAGGUGGCCAUGGAGACACCCUUGGUUCUAUUUUGAUAAUGGAAGAGAUAGAGGAGAGAGGUUUUUUACACUCUGAAGAUGGUGCUGCACCAAGAAGGACCUUAAUGCUUCCCUCUCCCCUAUUUUUUAAGUCCCCGGUAGGAGGAAAGAGUGACAGCAUGCAUGGUGGGGAUCUAUGGCCUCUGGUGCUCUGUCCUGUACUUGGUUUAAUGUUUUUGUCCUAAUCUCUUCAAAUCAAUAAAAUUGUGCGUAUUUAACUAAA